GACCAGCGUGACGACCGGGCCCUGCUCUAAUAAUCGAGGGGAACUGGGGAAGUGGUGGUCCGGUCUCGGACGGCGCAACUCCGGCGACUGCUCUCCUUCGGCGAUCGAUGGGUUAUUGGUGGGACCGCGUCGUGCUGCCGGUGCGGCGGGUCUGGCUCGGCGUCGCGUCCCGCUUCGGGGUUCGCCAAACUGGGCUGUGGAGGCUGCGGCAGGAGGUGAGCACGUGCGAGUACGAGGACGUGCACGUGAUGUGGGAGAUGCUGAGCCGCACCACGGCGCCGGCGCCGGCGCCCAGGCGGCCCAGCCGGUUCGGCCGGCAGCCGCGGCCGUGGACCGACAGGUUCCGCCUCUGCCGGGGCUUCUAGAUCAAGGUUGCCGCUUCAGCUCUGCUGCUGUUGCCGUGGAACAGUUCUUGUUUCUUUGACUUCUCUUUGGUUUCCUCUUGUACGUAUCUAUCCAUCUCGCUGGGCUCAGAGAUGUAGUCCAUUCCUCCUCGUGUAUCGAUCCUCCUGCAGAUCAUACUGGGGUAUGUGAAUGAACAGAGAUAUUUCGGUU